UACAAAAAGCAUCCUUUACCCAGCGCACCAACCGUGAACCCUUUCUCCUCUUCUCCCCUUACAUCUCUGUCUCUGCCCUCUCGCGCUCCUGCGGUCUGAUCCGACGCCGACGCUGCCGCCGCCGUCCCUUCCGCCCUCUCUCCUGCUUCCCGUCUUGGCCUCCUCACGUCGUCGCCUCCCUGCCUCCAUUCGGUUUCUGGUUCAUAUCCAAACUUCCCAAAUCAAACAAAAAGAAGAAUAAGGUGCGUGCCUGGAAACCUUGGAAAAGAUGGCGGAGAAAUUAGCCCCUGAGAAGCGUCACAACUUCGUCCACGAUGGUCAAAAGGUGUUUGAGUGGGAUCAAACGCUAGAAGAGGUUAAUAUUUACAUCAGUUUACCUCCCAAUGUUCAUUCUAAGCAAUUCUACUGCAAGAUUCAAUCCAAGCAUGUUGAAGUUGGCAUCAAAGGCAAUCCACCAUAUCUCAAUCACGAUCUUACCUGCCCAGUGAAGACAGAUUCUUCAUUUUGGACACUAGAGGAUGGCAUAAUGCACAUAACACUUCAGAAGAGAGAUAAAGGGCAGACAUGGGCUUCCCCCAUUCUUGGCCAGGGUCAGUUGGACCCUUACGCCACCGAUCUUGAACAGAAGCGUCUCAUGCUGCAGAGAUUUCAAGAAGAGAACCCAGGUUUUGAUUUUUCGCAAGCUCAGUUCAGUGGAAAUUGUCCUGAUCCAAGGACUUUCAUGGGUGGAAUCCGUUCAGAUUGAUAAUCUUUGCUGUUGAAUCAUCUACGUGAACCUUCUCUGAGAUAAUUAUCAGAUGGUAAAUAAUCUAUGUAAUCUCCCUUUGUCUCCCUCUUGUUAGACUUCUUUAAGACAAGUCUUAAUGCACUCUAUGGUUUGAAUGAUUGUAUGACAUAAUUUUGGCAUUUGCCAAUCUUCUAAUGCCUGUUAUUAAAUA